UUCCAACAAACUCCGGAUCUUACCAUUGAUGAACUUAAUAAUAAUAAUAUGAUGACAACGGCCUCGGCGCCAAGCGAACACGGAGAUCCUUUGUUUCGUAACACGAAGAACAAGAUCGUGUCGUUAUCAAAUAAAAAUCGAGAGAUGCUUGAACAAAUGAAUAAACUUCAACACUCACAACUUCAAGCUCUGACAGCAAUAAAUAGUCAAUUGGAUAACAUUCCACAACACGCUAACGGACAGAACAUCGAUAGUCUAGUCAAUGGUUUGAAGUCCAGGCGUAGACUAAGUUUUCAACAGCAAUCAUCUUUAUCGCUGCGACCGGAAAUUUCAGGAGAUGGAAAGAACAUCGACGGUAUAAUGGAAGUGGAAGAAACAAAUGAUUCCUUCUCAUCGUUAAAGCGGUCAUCAAAAAUUUUGAAUCGUAAUGCGAAAGAUCUAACUUCUGGUAAUAAUACCGGAGAACUGGAUUGGAAGUAUCUCUCGGCGGAACCAAAUUCCGAUCCGGAGAACACGAAUGAGAUGGAUAAUAGCAUGGAAGAGAAGGAUGAUGAUGAUAUAUCGUUGCGACGGCGGAGGUUUAAAAAUCUACCUUCUCUUACGAUAAAUACGAAUGCCAACUCGUCACAUCGUUUAAUUACUCCCGAAUCUUCUGAUUCAGAGUUUGAUAUCUCAACUGCACACAUGCCAUUUGCGCCUACUCUGGGUGAACGUAGAAAUCCUCUGCGUACCUCGAGACAUAGUUCAGCCGAAAUCUACAAGGGUGAUAGGCGUGGUAUAGUGUUUAAUUCGAUGGAUGAAGUAAUCGAAGAGGAAAGGGGGUCAUUAUCGGAUGUUGCCGAACAUAAGAUGGUUGACGAACGAUCCUCCGAAGAUGGGGCUAGGACACGAGGCAAACAAACGAUAUCAGCGAAUGGACGAAGGCAUCCACAAAAAUAUGUGGACGAAUAUGACACAGAGGCGGACAUCAAAAAAUCAAACAGAAUGAACCUUCGGUCACAGAUAAAUGGGUCUUACCCGAUCGCUGAAGUGCAAGAUGAUAGUUGCAGUGUAUUAUCCGGUGAUUCUUUGCUGGAUGAAAUUGGCGCGUUGAGAUCACGUAUUCAGAAACUGGAAUCAGAACAUGCUAGCCUUGAUGAUUCCAUGUCUGAAAGGAAACAACGAAGAAAGAAAAAUAUCUCGGAACCGUUAACAUCACCAUCUGCAUUAUCUCCCAAUAGUUCACAAGGUGGUGCAAGCUCUUCGAACGCCAGCGCCCAACGCCGCUCCUCGAUGACCGCUCAACAACACAACAAGCACCUACAAAAUGCUUUCGAGUUUUUUGAGAAAUCAUUCGUAACAUCCAAUCAAUACACAGGCGAUGCGUCCCCUCCGCCGUCACAUUCGAUGGCCAUGGUCGUAUCAUCGGCACUUAUGCUUAACACGAAGCUACGCGGUAUUCUAACACAGAUAGAUGACAACCAGACUUUAGAGAAGUCUAUGAAGCCACAAAGACCUCGUUACAAUCGUGUCUCUCGACCUCCUUCACCCGGUCUACCACCAGAAAACAUUGGCGAUCCUCAAUACUCGCAAUUCCCUCCACGCGUUCUCGAAUAUCGUAGUCGACGAAUUUCUGGCAGUGCGUACGGUGGAACGUUUUCUGGCACGUACCAAAAUACGUCAUCAUCACCUCCUCCACCCUCAAAUUCCAAUCACGAUACCUAUAACCCAAAUGGACGAACGUACUAUGAUCGUGGCGAACUUCCACGCUUGCAAAAAUACAACAAUCAACCUUCUAAUAGUACCACCACAACACCUUCUACCUAUCAACGAACAAGUUCGCGUCCUCCAUCAUAUAUACGCACGGAGGAACCAAUGCAUCCAACUAAUCACACACGAAAUACCUCCGUAUCCUCAUUACAUCGAUCUUCAUCUGGAAGAUCCUAUGCACCACGUGGUAUUAAUGAUGAGUUCGUAAGUAGUCCGGUGACAGUUCCUAGGCAACAAUCACGGGCGUAUGAAUAUACCCGUAGAUACCCAUCGGAUUCAGUCCAAACAUCAAUUGAAAGGCGCCAAACGCCCAUGCCUGAGAUGGAACGAAGACAUGGGAGGCUUGGAGGUAACAACUUGGAGUUAGAAGGGUAUGAUCUUCGAAACGGUUACGGCGAACAUGUAACCGAAAGGAGUUACAUCUCAAGGGAUGAAAAGCCCGAGUUAAGAAGGAACGAUUCUAGUGGUAGCGCCAAUGUUGUUUAUAGGCAAAGGCUAGUGCCACCUAUGGAAGAUCAAGAAGUUCAAAACAAUGGCGAAGAGGGUAGUAGCGAAGAAAGUCGUAGCACUGAGAGUCGCGAGGAUGAUCUUCGCAAUAAUGUUGAUCAAGACCCUAACCAGGCCAAUGACACAAACAACAAUGACAUUAUCGAAGACGGUAGCUACAUAUGA